ACGAAAAGCGAUGAUGUUUCGGAGGCAAGCGAUGCUGUUGUGAAGUGAUUGCCAAAUCAACACGGACGUGAGACACUAAUUUAGUUAGACCUUUACCCAUGUCGCUUUUGAGCUAUAUAGACUUUAAUCUUUUGAAUGAAUCGACCUCGUUAUCAUUCAGGACCAUUAGUUGAGAAAACCGAGCGGAGAAAAAAAGAGACGACAGUUUCUGAGGCUGUCUGGACCCGGAGGACGAAACUGCUAGCUAAUAGAAACUCACAGCUGUGGUGCCAAGAGGCAUAUACACACUCAAAGUGACAUCGACACGGAACAGAGGAUAAUCUGGCCGAGGAUAACCUUGUCAAUCUCCUGGCGUCUAUUACAAGACAAGUCGGUUUGCUUGGUGUGAAGAUAACACCUGACUUAGUUGAAUACUGUCACCGUCCAGUGUUUUGAGGAUGAACCACUUAUCCCUCAGUGAGCUAUGUUGCCUGUUCUGCUGUCCACCGUGCCCCAGCAAGAUCGCGUCUAAGCUGGCCUUCCUGCCCCCAGAGCCCACCUACAGCCUCAUGUCUGAUGACAGUGGCAGCAAAUGGACGCUGAACCUCUCAGACCGCGCCGACUGGCAGUACUCGUCCCGUGAGAAGGAUGCCAUCGAGUGCUUCAUGACACGCACCUCAAGAGGGAACCGCAUUGCCUGCAUGUUUGUCCGCUGCUCACCCAGUGCCCGAUACACUCUAUUAUUCUCCCACGGAAAUGCAGUGGACUUGGGCCAGAUGAGCAGCUUCUACAUCGGCCUCGGUUCACGGAUCAACUGCAACGUCUUCUCCUACGACUACUCGGGUUACGGGGCGAGUUCUGGGAAACCCUCGGAGAAGAACCUGUACGCUGAUGUCGACGCCGCCUGGCAGGCACUCCGGUCACGGUAUGGCAUUCGGCCAGAAAACGUGAUCGUGUACGGACAGAGCAUUGGCACCGUGCCCUCUGUGGACCUGGCUUCUCGCUAUGAGAGCGCUGCAGUCAUCCUGCACUCCCCGCUCACCUCUGGCAUGAGAGUGGCCUUUCCCGACACCAAGAAGACAUACUGCUUUGACGCCUUCCCAAACAUCGACAAGAUUUCGAAGGUAACGUCCCCAGUACUGGUGAUCCAUGGUACGGAGGACGAGGUCAUCGACUUCUCCCAUGGCCUGGCGCUUUAUGAACGCUGUCAGCGCCCCGUGGAGCCACUCUGGGUGGAGGGGGCUGGACACAAUGACGUGGAGCUCUAUGGACAAUACCUAGAGAGACUCAAACAGUUUGUUGCACAUGAGCUGGUCAACUUGUAGAGAAAGCUGGAAAAAAGGGUGGAGAGGGAGGAAUAGAAGAAAGCGAUGGUUUUCAGGAGAGGUUGGAUGAUGAAGGGGUACAACGUUUCCUUUCUUUGUGCAUUUAUGCAGGUAGAAGUGGUGUAUGUCUCUGUAGUACUGAAAUUUUGGUGGCAGUCUUUCUCAUUAUCGAACACCUCUCCCCCCCCCGUCCUCUUGAAGCUCCCGUUUGCCCGGGCCAGAGCCUUUCAGUACCGUCCACUCCACAGGCUGCAGCUGUCAACUUACAAGCACCCAUCAUUUUGUUUUUGCUUUUAGACUUUCUUUUUAUUAUGUUGAAAUUUGCACAUCGUGAAUGAAAGAGGAAGUAGAUGUGCACAGAAAACAUAGUGUGUGUGUGUGUGUGUCAUUUUGUGCUGCCUUUUUGAAAAGGACACGGUCCACUGUUCUUAAUGGAGAGGUUCUUGAGGGUUUUAAAGCACAGCCUUGCUGCAAACUGGACUGAACCAGACUCUCUUAUCCAACUGAACAUCUGACUUUGAGGUCGGGUUCCGUCCUACACUCUGCAGACACCAUGUAUUUCCUUUUUUUUUUUUUGGAUUACUGUUAAUUAUAUUUUUUUACAUCAUACAUGAUAUUUGCACGUAUCAGCAGUCACUGAUGAACUGUACAAGACAAACUGACAUUAUCUAGCUGUGCCAGUGUUGCCAAAUGUUUAGUAUAAUAUAUAUAUAUAUAUAGCAGAGAGUUGGACACGCAAAGAACUUUGUACAAAAUGCAUCUAGAAACAUCUCCAAAGCUCCGUUAGCUGUAUUCAAUCUGUACUUCUCCGUUUAGUCUUAAAAUGGUGCAUUCAAUGACUUACAAUCUACAUUAAUAUAAUACAAGAUGGGGCUCAGUCAGCAGCUCGUGUAGCCAGUUAACAGGCUGGGGCUGUGUAUCGCUGACCAAUAAAGUGUCGGUUAUUUCCUCACACUGAUGAUCAAAAUGAUCAUUAUUGCUACGCUGUAAACUAUGAGCUGGAUGUUUUCAGAACAAUGAAAUGCUGGUCAGUAAAAUAUCUGACACCUCUCUUUGGAAAUAACAAUAUUCCCCUUUAUAUAGUAACUAUUAUAAAACCCCGUGUUGACAGUGUUUUUUUCUGUCUUUGGGUCUGAAGGUAUCAAGUUAAAUAAUGUAUGUACUUAUUAUUCAGAUCUUUCUAGAGGUGUCUUUCUUUUUUUUACACGGUAACUCUGUUAACUACUGUGACAGCAGCUAACUGUCUGUGCUCUAUUGUAGACUUAUACCACUAAUGCCAAUCAUGACUGAAUGGUGAACGUCCUUUUCAGUUCAGGAAGUUGCAUUUACAUGAGCAUAUUUGAGCUUAAAAAUUAAUUUACAAUGUGUUAUAUCAACGCAAGUGGCUCAGCAUUAAAGGCCUCCAUCAUGGACAGAAUGUUUUGUUUUUGUCUUAACUUUAUCUUUUUUGUCUGCAUGGUAUUUCUGGAUCCAUUUGCUGUCUGAGUUGCCCUUUAAUGCUGUGUGAGGCGAGCGUUAGUCAGCUGAUGGCUCCAUGGAGGGCCUGAAAAGCAAAUGUCAAAGUGCUACUGCAUGCCAUGAAUGGCUAGUUUUUUCUUUUCUUGUCUGGUCUGUAUAACAAAGUCGGACUUACACAAGAAAUCUCAAUGAAUCAUUUUCGUAUGGGUAUUUUAAUGCCUGUAUUACACUUGAGCCUGUGUUCACAAAAAGGGUCGAAUAUUGUUGGUAAAUUACUGUAAACCAAUAAAAUGGGUGCUACUGUAAACCUUCAGGUCUGAUUACUUACAGGUUGAGAGGAAGCAAAGAUGGCUUGAUGUUUUGUCAGAUUGACCAAGAUCAGGAUUAGUAACUGUUGUUUGUCAGGUGAUGGUCUCUUAUCAGAACUACUUUUUUCACAACUCGUUGUCUUAUAAACAAGGUUAUGCUUUCUUUAAUUUUCACUUUGUAAAUAAUAUUUGUACUGGACAUGUUUUUUUUUUUUUCGUUUUUUUUUCAACAAGCUUUUGUCAUCUCUUUAAACUGUUCUUCUUACUUCUCUAACUCUUGAUAUGACAACUAUAAGACCAAGGUGGGCCAUCAUUUUUGGCUUUCUGAUGACCUUUGUACCGGUCCUUUGACUAAUGUCAUCUCUGAUUUUGAUUAAUUUUGUAUAGCAUAUUUCAAUACAGAAGGAACUUAUAUGUAAUAACAAUAUUAAUAAAGUAAUUCUAGUGUGGAUGGAGAAAAUAAAAUGAUAUUUGAGAAGCAACCCA